AUGUCGACGUCUCUGUUCUUGAGCAGUGGAGAAAAGUUCUCCGCAACGUCCAUCGUGGACAGCAAAGGCACGGUCGACUUCUCUAAACUCAAAGACGUCGGUCUGCCCUAUCUGACCUCCAGCACCGUCUGGGGCUACCUGACGCAGAAUCUGGCCAUUGGCGCACUGAUCACCCACGUUGCCAUUUUCUACGGCAAAGACAUGGUUCUCGCAUGGAAGCAGGCACGCCGCAGAACCCAGCCGGACCGCCAUUAUCAGGGCAUGCUGAAAUACAAGGAAGUCCCAAUGUGGUGGUACCUGGUUCUUUUCGCCCUGGCUUUCUUCGCCGGGCUGAUCGUAAACAUUAAAGGACAGACUACGCUGCCGGUAUGGGGUUACAUCAUCGCUCUGCUUCUGGGCGCUUUUAUCGCCCCAUUUUCCUGCAUUCUCUAUGGCCUCUACGGGACUGGCAUUGCAACCAACCAACUCUCCAAGAUGAUCGCCGGCGCCCUUCACCCCGGUCGACCUCUUGCAGGUCUUUACUUCGCCAGCUGGUCGCACCAAGUCAUUCUCCUGUCGGUCAACUUGUCGAACUGGCUCAAGGUCGGCCAGUACACCAAAGUGCCGCAUCGCAUUAUGUUCGCCACCCAGGUGUAUGGGACUCUCCUUGGGGCCGCGCUGAACUAUGUCGUGAUGACCACGAUCGUCACCAACCAGCGCGAAAUCCUGCUCGACCCUAUUGGGAACAACGUCUGGAGCGGCUCGACCGUACAGUCUCUCAACUCGCAGGCCGUCACAUGGUCGCUGGCCAAGGAAGUAUACGGCGUUAGUGGACGAUACGUGAUCGUGCCCCUGGGUCUAGUCAUUGGCCUUGCCCUCCCCUUCUUGCAUUGGGGUCUGAUGAGGGUGUUCCCGCGGAUUCGGCAAUGGCCGCUGAACACGGCGAUCAUUGCGUCGUGGGCCGGGCAGAUGUACUUUGGCAAUACGUCGUGGAUCUGGUCCUCCAUUGCGGUGGGUGUGUUUUCCCAGGUGUGGCUCCGACGUCGGAUGCCGAAGAUUUAUAACGACUACAACUAUCUGAUUGGGGCCGCAUUGGACGGUGGAUCGCAGCUUAUCGUGUUCAUUCUGUCGUUUGCGGUGCUCGGGGCAAGUGGCACAGAACGGCCGUUUCCGACAUGGUGGGGAAAUCCAGAUGGUAAUCCGGACCAUUGCUUGUAG